AAACUGGCGACGAGAGGACGUAGCCUGUGGAUGGAUGCUGGGUCAUGUUCGCCGACGAGUCGAGAGAGAGAGGCGAUUUUCCGGUGCACCCUCGCUGACAUGACGACCAGUGCUGCUGUGGUACUAACGUGACGUUACGACUGAUUGUAGGCUUCACGCUACGUCCGUACCUAUGGCUCCAUGAACUCUUCGCCUCGCGUUUCCGUACACAGUCCAGCAGGUGUAGUACAGUACUCAGGAAGAAGCCUAGCCAUUCUAGAGCUGGUGUCAGGGAGCGGAGGGGGAGAGACCGUUCGGAUGUUCCUGACGCUCCCAGUCUUCACUCCUAGCACAUUUCAGGUUUUGAGGCGCCUCAAUAGCGCAUUCCAGGUAGAUUCAGGCCGGUUUCCUGCAGAUGGAGGUAGUAUCCGGUAUCGCGUUGCGCACGCGUAGAGCAUUUCGGAACGAAUGCAGUGUCGCGUUCCGAGCGAGCUGCAGUCUCGUCAGUCUUUACGCGGAAUAAUCUAUUGCGCAUCAGUAUUCCGACUCCGCGACGCGACGCGUCGUGACAAGCGAUGAGCUCUCAUCCAUUGCUGCGAACGUCGCUCGUGACCCGUGAGGCUGACGAUGAGACGUUCCGCUAAGAAUGACCUUAUAGCGCGUACUACCUUUCCCGCAUUGCGAGACAGCUCCCUGGCGAAGGGAAAAUGGCUGAUGCUUCUAGUAGCGCACCACUAAUACCAGUGGCGCGAUUUCGUUUGAAUCGCCGAUUAAACCGGCCGUGCGGCGGCGAUUCGAGAUCAGCCGUCAAAGUUAGCGGUAACGGGAAAACAGAUCAUCACAACCCACGUCAGCACAACCGGCGACAGUUCGACCCGCGACAGCUGGACCCACGUCAGCACCCUAUCUAUAGAUUUGCUCCGACUAGAUCCUGGCGAUCCGCAGCGUUCUUAAGAACAUGGCUCGCCUCGCUCCUUAUCGUCAGUCUGCUCUCGCCGGCUAAUCUACCAGCCGCCGGUGAAGACGUGCGGUGGUGUGUGGUGGAUGGCGGUUCCUCCUCCCUUUGCAAGGACCUCCUCCUACAGUCACACCCAGUCAACAAUGGCGAUACCCGAGACGACGACCAAUCGCCUCCGCCGUACUGGAAAUGCGUUCCGCGCGCCGUCAACCAGCACUGCUGGCACGCGCUGCUGCUUCCCCACGCCGCCCAUGGCGCUGCUGACGUGGCGAUGCUGUCGCCGCCCUUGGCUCUUCUGCAAUCGCAUCUCACAGAGGGGCUGCAGCAGCAGCAGAAGCAGCAGCAGCAGGAAGCACCUAAGCAGCAACCGGAGGAGGCGCAGCUGCAGCAGGAGCAGCAAGGGCCGCAGAAACAGCAGGAGCCUCAGCCGCAGCAGCAGGGUCAGCAAGGGCAGCAGAAACAGCAGGAGCCUCAGCCGCAGCAGCAGAGGGUUGAGGUAAAUGUCGGAGGAGGCAAUGCAGCUAGGCAGUGGCAGCUCGAGGUCCAGAGCCCGUCCUCGCAGAGCAGGGUGGCAGACCCUGGCGAUCGGGGGCGCGCGCAGCAGGACGAGGAGCAGCAGCAGGGGCAGCAGAGUCGGAGAAAGGCUCAGCGGAAGAAAUCGAGGGCAUCUGGUCGACUAGCAGCAUCGGCUGCUGCUGCCAGGUAUGGUAACUUGACGAGUGGGUCCGUAGGGCUGAUUGUAGCAGGCAGCAUGUGCGACAAAAUGCCAGACCUGCUAGCUCGGAUGGGGCUUGGGAUGGAGGAGGAGGUCUGGGAACAGCAGGCUCGGGGACAACAGCAAGUGCGGCAGCAAGAGCGAGAAGCGGAUAGAGGGAUGCAUAGGUGUUCUGGGGAAGGGGUUGUUCCAUGCUUGAGACUGCUGCAGCAGUCGGUAGAGGAGGGGCUGGAUAGCAGCACUGGCGGUCGCACCACGACCAGCAGCAGCAGCAGCAGCAGCAGGAAGAGGCCAGUGGUUGCGCUGCUGUGGCUGGCAGGCAGCCAGGUGUCAGUGCGCGAUUGGAAGGAGCUUCUGGCGGAGGUGAAUGCGAGCAGGUCGCUGAGGCUGAUGUGCGCCGAUGGGUCGUGCUCCGACAUACGCCUCGACUCCCUCUGCUGGCUGCUGCCACCUGGCUCCCUCUGGCUGCGUCAGCACCGCGCCGAUGACGUGGCAUGGCUUGCAUGGCUCAUGGCGCGCCACAUCAUCACGCACACGUGGAACAUCUCCCUCCCCCUUGCUCUUCCCCCUCUUCCCCCUCUUCCUCCUCGUCCUCCUCCUCUUUCCUCCCAAUCUCCCUCGUCUCCCCCCCACUCGCCCUCAUCUCCCCUCCUCCGGUCGCUGUUGCCACUACUUAGCCUGGAUGGUCCCACGUCUCAACUGCCAUUAGCAACGCCAGGCGUUGUCUCGGCACCUGAAGAUUCACCUGAGCAGGUUCAGGAAGAGAGAACGAGGGGUGGUCAGCGGUUGAGAUGGGUUCAACUGUUCUCGCAACUGUCCAAUAUGGCCUCCCACCACACGUAUCGGAUUCUCCUCCACAUUCGCGAGUCUCUGUCUGCCACGCCAGCUCCCAGAGCUACCGCCGCUGUCACGCAUGCGGUGAUUCCUCGCCUGCUCUCCUUCCUCCCAUUCGCAACGGCCUCCUCAUCUUCGGUACAUCACUUCUCCCUUUUCGUCCUUUUUCGGUGAUCUGGACCAUCACCACCACCACCACCACCAUCGUUACAUGCCCCUCCUCCCCCACCCCCCUCCCCUCCCUCUCCUCGCUCUCCUCCCUCUCCUCCCUCUCUUCCCUCUCCUCCCUCUCCUCCCUCUCCUCCCUCUCCUCCCUCUCCUCCCUCUCCUCCUUCCCCUCCCUCCUCUCCCUUUCCUCCCUCCCCUUUUCCUUUCCCGCCCACCUU